CCCCACCCCGCCUCUGCACACCCCAGGAAGAAAGAAACUGCAGGCUUCCCUCGGUCCAAGAAAGUCUCGUGAUAGACUGUGGUGAUACGUGCGUGUGACGCAAUCCUGUGGAAGGAGGCAAGCAGAGAAGCCUGAGCGGGCAUCAGACUAGAGAGAAAGAGGCGGAGGAAGGAAGGGAGGAAGCGAGGAUGGCAGAGUUACACCUCUGAUGGCUGUUUGCCAGGAAUACAAGCCUGUCGUCCUGCUCUGGAUUAAAGGAGAAAUCACAGCAAUGAGAAAACAACUGGUGAUCUUUGAUAUCUGAACUUGCUUCACCCUGGAGAGGGGAUCACGUGCAGUUCAAACAGAUAUGUGGCAGACGGGUGCCACCCCAGACAAGCUGCUUCUACAAAUGUACUUUCCCAGGGAGUUUUAAAAAACGUGGAUUACAGAGCUGUUGCUUUUAUAUAUGUACAUAUAUAUAAAGCUCCCUUUUUUUUCUCCAACCUGUUUUUAAGUCCCAGAGUUAAUGAGCUACUGGGUGAAUCUGUUGUCACUAUGAGUAGUACAUUAGGCAAAGACUCGAAAGAAAAGGACCCCAAAGGUCCUUCGGGAAAGGAAAGGGAAAAGGAGGCCAAAGCCUUGGGCAGCUUCAGUAAAGACGGCAAGGAAACCAAGACCAAAGGGAAAGAUGCCAAAGAAGGAAAGAAGGACUCUAGUGGGGCACCACCUGGGGUGGCCUUUUCUGUUGAUAACACAAUAAAACGGCCAAACCCAGCAGCAGGUACCCGCAAAAAAUCCAGCAAUGCUGAGGUGAUCAAAGAGCUGAAUAAGUGCAGGGAGGAGACCUCCACGCGGCUGGACUUGUCCAAGAGGUCUAUACACAUGCUCCCUACGUCAAUCAAGGAGCUGACGCAGCUGACGGAACUGUACCUGUACAGCAACAAACUGCAGAGCCUGCCCGCUGAAGUAGGCUGCCUGGCAGGCUUAGUGACGUUAGCCCUGAGUGAGAACUCUCUCACCAGCUUGCCCGACUCGCUGGACAGCUUGAAGAAACUGAGAAUGCUGGAUCUCCGGCAUAACAAACUGCGAGAGAUCCCGCUGGUGGUGUACCGGCUUCCUUCCCUCACCACCCUCUACCUGCGCUUUAACCGCAUCACUACUGUGGAGAAGGAUAUCAAAAACCUGUCGAAACUCACCAUGCUGAGCAUCCGUGAGAACAAGAUUAAACAACUCCCUGCUGAAAUAGGGGAAUUGUGUAACCUCAUUACGCUGGAUGUAGCGCACAAUCAGCUUGAACACCUUCCAAAAGAGAUUGGAAAUUGCACACAGAUAACUAAUCUUGAUUUGCAGCACAAUGAGCUUCUGGACCUCCCUGAAACUAUAGGUAACUUGUCAAGUCUAAAUCGCUUGGGUCUGCGGUACAACAGGCUGUCUGCUAUCCCUAAAUCAUUAGCUAAGUGCAGAGAAUUGGAAGAGCUGAACCUUGAGAACAACAAUAUUUCAGUGUUACCAGAGGGUCUCCUGUCUAGCCUGGUCAAUUUGACCAGUUUAACACUGGCCAGAAACUGCUUCCAGUCCUAUCCUGUAGGCGGUCCGUCACAGUUUUCUACUAUAUAUUCCCUCAACAUGGAGCACAACCGCAUCAACAAAAUCCCCUUUGGCAUCUUCUCUAGAGCCAAAGUGUUAAGUAAGCUGAACAUGAAGGACAAUCAGCUAACCUCUCUGCCACUUGAUUUUGGGACCUGGACCAGUAUGGUUGAGCUUAAUCUGGCCACAAACCAGCUGACUAAGAUUCCUGAGGAUGUGUGCGGUCUUGUUUCACUUGAGGUUCUUAUCCUGUCAAACAAUCUCCUACGGAAGCUGCCUCAUGGCGUAGGUAACCUACGGAAAUUACGAGAGUUAGACUUGGAGGAAAAUAAACUGGAAACUCUCCCAAAUGAAAUUGCUUACCUGAAAGAUUUACAGAAACUGGUCCUGACUAAUAAUCAGCUGACAACCCUCCCCAGGGGGAUUGGACAUCUCAUCAACCUGACUCACCUGGGACUGGGAGAGAACCUUAUACAACACCUCCCCGAGGAGAUCGGUACACUGGAGAAUCUCGAGGAGCUCUAUUUGAAUGAUAACCCCAAUCUCCACAGCCUUCCCUUUGAGCUGGCUCUGUGCAGCAAGCUGUCAAUCAUGAGCAUUGAAAACUGUCCCCUCAGCCACCUCCCGCCACAGAUUGUCGCUGGUGGCCCCUCCUUCAUCAUUCAGUUUUUAAAGAUGCAGGGCCCUUACCGUGCCAUGGUCUGAAACACAAUCCUAUGUGUCAUACACUGUACAAACUAAAGAAAUUGCAUUAUUAUUGUCAUGAGUAUAUAUCUGAAGAGAGGAAAAAAUUGCAAUUUUGCUAAGACUGCAUUACGUGUUUCUGCUAUAGAGGAAUCAUAGCCAUUUAGAUUUUUUUUUUUUUUUUUUUAAAUCAUGUUAAAGAAAAUAGAUGUAACUGCUUGUCUAGGCCUUGCCAGAUUUGAUGGAUGAUGUAUAUUAAAUUUAGCAACUGCUGAAUGGAGUUUUUCUCUCAUUUUACAAAACAUUGCCAACAGACUUUCAAGCGGUGAUAAAAACAAAAGAUGAAAGAUUGUCAUUUAUACAUGCAAAAAUAUGUGUAUCAUAACUGUACAAAAAAAGAAAGAACAACAAAUGUGUUGGUAGACUUUUUUAAUAAUUGCUCUAUCCCUUGCUUUCUCACUUCCUUAAUGGAUAUACUGUAAUUGUGUGAUUUCAGCAGUUUAUGGUGGGGAAACUGUAACGGUAUUGAGAAGAAAAGAAACUCUCAAAAUGCUCGUCCUCUGUGGGGAUUUUAUUUGGAAGGCCUCCUCUAAUCAAGACGUGUUAACAUGCAGGAUCCAAGUUUAAGAAAUUGAGUUGUGACUAACUUGGCAUAUUUAAUGCUAACAUUGGAGAGAGCUCAAAAGCCUUGAUCGUAACAUCAGCUAUCCAGUAUUACAGCUGAUUGAUUGCAUUGGAUUUGUUCAUUGUGCAAACCUUUUUUUGGCUGGUAUUUUUUUUGAUUUUUUUUUUUUUGAUUUUAUUCUCCCCUAGAAGGCUAUCGGUGUGGAACUGCUCCAUGUGGAAUUAUUACCCAUAGCACCUUGAACAAAUUCUCAGUCAGCUGUGUGUGUGUGAGAGGCAGUUUAGCGAUACGGUGUGAAUUGAUGUCUCAUUAUUAAUGACGUGUUAUUUAGGCAAUGUUCAGAAUAUAGGAUCAAGUUUGGGGAUGGGGAGGGGGGAGUGGCAGAGAUAAUAGGGAAUGAUUCAAAAUACAAACAAUGUAAUCUGCUUGUUCUGCUAGUAUUUCAUAUUAAUGAUUGAAUCCCUUGUUUUUAUUUUAUUAUUUGUAUUUCUUUGUUCUAAGAAUAAAAUGAAAUGGAGCAUAUCUGGCACAGUUUAAGAGAGGUGACAUGAAGUAAUUAAAAAGUUGUAGAUAUCUGCACAUUUGGGUUUCUGUAUGUCGAAUACAGUCUUUUUGUUCUCUGCAAGCAUGGAAUGCCAAGAACAGCACAAUAGUGUACUUCACCUGAAAAUCUGUACUCUAUAGAAUUAAUGUCUGGUAUUGCUUUUAACCCCCCAAAUAUCUAUUUAUAAUCCCUUCUGCACUGUUUUUGAUCAGCAGAGUGUAUUAAAGAUUUUUCUUUUUAUAAAUAGCUAUCUGCCUUACCAGAUCUGACAGCUUAUGUGUGUUAUGCACGCUUUCUAAAUACUAGUUUUAUGCUGCUGUACUUUGUAUGCAGUUUUCCAUAGCAGUGGCAUCUGCCUUCAACAUAUCAAUCAUGGCAAUGGACUUGUAACGAGUUACUUUAAAAGGGACGUUUUAGUUUAAAAUGUAGGGCGUGUAUCUUCUAAAAUGGAUUUGUCCUUGACUUAAGUCUGUAUUUCAAGUACAUUUUAUAUAUUCAAUGCAUCUUUCAGCUGUUCCUAAAAAUAAGGGACUCUCUUCUUUGUGAGGAUUUCUUCCCUUUGCUGUCAAAGCAAGUGUUUUAAGGUCAACAGUUACAGCCUUCUGAACAAUUAAAUAAAGAACAUGCAAGUUCAAAAAAAGCUGUGACAUGCAUAUUAUAAACGGAUAUAAAUUUGUUCAUAUCAUUAGCCAGUAGAAACUAUAUCUACUAUAAAGUACUGGUAUUGAAAGCUUACAAAAAAAACACAGAAUGUUGCAACUGAAUUGCCAAAAUGACAUCAGCUAGUUUCAUUUCUAAUUUCCUCAAAUCAGUAUGUGACUGUAUAUGAACCCCUCUGUCUUACGUUACCAAGCAGACUGUUUGUUUGGUUAUUUGAGACAUUUGCUACAGUAACUAACACAGCUAAUACUGGACAGUAAAGGUAUUUUAUUUUUUAUUAUUACUUGAUUUUUCAUAUUGUGUAUAUGAUGAUGCCAACUAUUAAGAUGGGUUAUCUUGUGUAUGGACUCAGUCGAUUUUCAACAGCACUUUGUCUUUUAAAGAUUAUGUUUUACAAGGUGAGAGCAACACCCCCUGCUUGCAUGGAAAAUACAUUGCAGCUUUAUUCUACCAGCCGAUGGUGCUUUAUGAACACUUGAACAUAUACUGUAAGAGAUGGGUAGUACCAGACACAAACAUUCACAUAUACUACUGGUUCAGUGUUUCCAACCGAUCAAAUUAUUUGGACAUUCAUGAAUAAUAAGGUGCAUGUUUAAACCUAAAAUAUAGAAAAGUUUAAAUCUAAGCACAAGGUUUUAAACCAGAAGCAAUCUAUGCCUGGUUUUAAUAAAAGAUGCAAGUAAUAGAUACAAAUCUACCACUGGAUUAAAUAAAUAAUAAUGGUUAAAAGUCAAUGUAAAUCAGUACUUAAGAUACUAAUAUAUAUAUUUGUUUUGGAUCUGUUAUUUUGUAUUCAGACAAUACAAUAAGGAAAUAUGUGCUUAUUUUACCAGUUAAACUUAUUUUUUUAUUUUUUUUGGUGGUGGUGGGUAGGUGUACAUUUUUAAGCCUCAAUCCCAUUAAUGCUUUUUAACUGAGAUCCGUUAGGUAUAAAGUGAUCAAGAAUGCCGUGUUGCCUGUCUUAAGAAGUCUAAAUAUCAUCUGGUCUUCAGAAUACUUUUUACACCCGUUUUAAAUUUUCCAAUUUGUAACUUAAAGUGAGAUGGGAGGGGGACAAGCAGAGUAAGAGAAAUCAGCCUGUGAUACUGAGUUUCAUUUGGAAAAAUUAUUUGAUAUUACAGGAUUAUAUGUUGUCUUUAAAAAAAAAAAAAAAAAAAAAAUCUGAAUUGGAUAUCCCUGACUAGUCAUUUAAUCCACAGUUCAAUCUGUUUUGGGCACUUGUAGUAUUGUGGCACAUCCAGCAUUAGAGGAGACACAUUGCUUCAUAUUUUUACUGUUUUUUUAGGGGUGUAGAAUUAUCUUAUGUAUUAAGGGUGUCUUCGGUCUAGACUGUUUUUAGUGUCUUGUCAGUCUCAUGCCUUGCUAUGGUGUAUAGAUAAUAAGCAUGUUCUUUUUAUAUUAUUAUUUUUAUUCAUGGGGGGGGGGGGGAACCUAGUUGCCAAAACAUUAUUUUAAAAUUGAAAUAUCUUGAACAAGGCCCAUCAAAAGUAUUGUGCGGCUGGUUAACCUGCCCUGCUUAGUCUGUGUCUGUCUUAACAUUCAAGCUUUGUCAUAGUACUGGUCUGAAUGAAUUUAAAAAGGAAAACAUUUAUGCAUUUAAUGUACAAAUGGCUUGUGUAUCAGUGGAACAGUAUAUACAAAUAAAUAUAUUUGAUCAAAUACUGGUAGUUUACGAUCGUAUGUUUCCAGAUGAGGGUUUGCUUCCACGGAUAUAAAAAUAAAUAAAUCAUUAAAACUAGGUGUCAAAUGAUGCAGUUUCUGUUUUAAAUAUGUUAAAUCUGAAAGGGAAAAGCGACCAUACUACUUAAUGUAAUUUUUGAAAAAGAAAAUAUGAAAAAAAACAAGGUUAAUGUUUUGGUUGUAGGUAUGUACAUACAUUUAGAACUGUAAUAAACCCGAUUGAACAGUAAUGUGAUUCUAUUGUGUAGCAAUGUUUGCUUUACGUAACAGUAAUGCAAAAAGGAUGCCGAUUGUUACAUAAACUGUUGCCUCAUUGAAAUUUCUUUUUUUUUUUUUUUUUUUAACAUGCAUACGUUCACUUGCAGAAACAGCUUUGACUGGUUGUAUUUAAAUAUUACAAUGUGUGUGUAGUUUGCAGUGAUUUGCACAUGGUGAACCUUUCGAGGUGCAAUCUGAAGCUUCUGUCAUUAAAGGGCGCUGUAUUGGUUUCUUUGCAGGCGAUAUACACUUGUGAUGUUUUUAGGUAAUUUAAAAUUUAAAGCUCCAUAAAAUCAUCUGUCUCUACCAGGCUCCUGUUGUUACAAAACAAGUGCCUGAGUUUUUUUUGAAAAAUACAAACUUGUGUUUUAAAAUGUCUCUUAAAUCUGAGGUGCUUCUGCACAGACUAUCCACUUUGUAAUGGUAAUACUGUGCCUUUUAAUCAUGACAGUAUUUCUAGCAAACUUGGGCUGUUAUCAGACUUAAUUAUUUUGUAUUUUAUUUUUUUAUUAUGUGUUUUUUUUUUUUUUUUUUUUUUUUAACACGUCUUGAUCUUUGGAAAUGGUGAUGUCUGUGUAAAUGUUGAAGGUAUUCUGUAUUUCUGCUGUUUUGUAUUUUAACCAUGCCUGCACAAUGCUUUAUAUAUAUAUAUAUAUAUAUAUAUAUAUAUAUAUAUAUAUAUAUAUAUAUAUAUAUAUAUAUAUAUAUAUAUAUAUAUUGAGAUUUCUCUCCAAUAUAUUGAUGUGUGGAAAAGCUCUGGAAAUGUAUACCUGUAAUGUAAUGUUCAGUUUGUGUUACUUCAAUAUAAAGAGAUUGCCUUGUCUUUUAUUUUAUAAAAGUCAUGUUGUUGUAUCAAUGCAUUCAUUGCAGUAUAAAUGAGCCGGCACUUAGUCUUUGACUAGCAUUUUUAUGUUUUUCUUUUUAAAAUAAAUAAUUAAACUGUCA